UUUCCAGAAAACUGGAAUUUACCAUUUUCUUUCUCUUCAGACCAAUAACAAAACAAGACCAAGACCCAUUUAGUAUUUACCCUUUUCUUGACAUGAAACAAAACAAAAGUAACAUACUUUACAAACCCAUAUGGUAUUUUUUUUGGAGCUCUCUAGUCUCUACUUUCUACCUUCUGUCUAUUACAAUUUCAUUUAUAUCCCCAGAAUAACACGGUGAAGUAUGAAGAACAUAAACACAGCUUCUUAUUCUAUGGCAGAAACCAGUACUAGUACCAGUGCUAGCAACAAAAACAUGAAGGGAUCACCAAUAACCAACUUAGCUCCAGACCAACUCUUUUCAAUCCUGCUACUUCUGCCUAUAGAUUCAAUUCUUGCCUUCGCUAUGACUUGCAAGAGAUUCAAGGCUCUUGCAUGUUCUGACACUCUCUGGGAGUCCAUAUGCAGGAGGGACUGGGGUCCCAGCUCUGUUGAUGUACUCAAGUCUUCAAAUUUUCAAUUUCAGCUGCAAUGGAUGAGGCUUUACAGGCAAAUCUCUAAACUUGAGUCUGUUUCUUGCCAUAAGAUGACUUACCCUGAUGGUGAAUUUGAGCUCCCAAAACCAAGAGCUUCUCACUCUCUCAACUUUGUGUCUGAUUGUCUUGUCUUGUUUGGUGGUGGCUGUGAAGGAGGACGACAUCUUGAUGACACAUGGGUGGCUUACAUUGGUAAAGAUUUUGAGAAGAUGCUGAAGUGGCAGAAGGUUAAUUCAGGCCUUCCAAGUGGGAGGUUUGGGCAUUCAUGUGUUGUAAUUGGUGAUUUCCUUGUUCUGUUUGGAGGAAUCAAUGACCAUGGAAACCGUCAAAAUGAUACCUGGCUGGGACAAGUGACACGCCAUGAGACUUUAGGCAUUACUUUAUCAUGGACGCUGCUUGAUGUGGGAACCAUUGCACCACCCCCACGAGGUGCACAUGUUGCAUGUUCCAUUGAUAAUAAGUUUAUGCUUAUUCAUGGAGGGAUAGGACUGUCUGGCCUCAGAUUGGGUGAUACAUGGGUUUUAGAACUCUCAGAAAAUCUUUGCUUUGGAACAUGGCGCGAGAUUGUGACUUGUCCAUCACCUGCUGCUCGUUCAGGACACUCAUUGACUUGCAUUGGGGAUUCACGGGUAGUUUUAUUUGGAGGAAGAGGAUUGGGUUAUGAGGUGCUCAAUGAUGUUUGGCUCUUGGAUAUGUCUGAGGAUAUUCUGAAAUGGGUACAAAUACAAUAUGAAUUGCCAAAUAUACCUGGAGGAGUUUCCCUUCCACGAGUCGGUCACUCAGCUACACUGAUUUUAGGAGGCCGGUUGCUUAUAUAUGGUGGGGAAGAUUCAUACAGACACAGGAAAGAUGACUUCUGGGUAUUAGAUGUUAGUGCAAUCCCUUCCAUUAGCAUGCAGCCAACCACACUGAACUCCAAGGAAAUAUUGGCAAAAAUGUGGAAAAGGUUGAAGGCAAGUGGUUAUAAACCUAAUAGUCGGUCAUUUCAUCGAGCCUGUGCAGAUCAUUCCGGGCGUUACUUGUAUGUUUUUGGUGGAAUGGUAGAUGGUUCGCUUCAACCUGCUGAAUCAUCUGGGUUGAGAUUUGAUGGGGAGCUUUUCCUUGUGGAGCUUGUGCUUCAGCUCUAAAUAAGGAUAAGAGAAUAGAAAGAAAGGAGAUGAGAUGAGUACUUUGCAAAUGCCUAUUAUGCUGCAUUUUGUAUAUAGUAGCAGCUGGUGUUUAUAUCUUUUGUGAAUUGACAUUUUCAGAAUAAGUAGGCCUGUGUUGCAGCAAUGUUUUUGAGAGUAAGCUAUGAGAUAUAAAAGAACCAACCAUGUAUUUGAACUGAUGCAACACCUUGUUGCCUUUAGCUAAUGUUCUUCUAAACAAAAUCUUGGAUAUGACUUAAUUAUAAACUUUUCUA